AUGUAUUCACAGGAGUUGAGUUUUGCCAUGCUCCAUUUUGAUAACAAUUAUAUUGUACCAAUGUAUUCACAAAAGUUGAGUGUUUGCACUGACUGGAAAAAUCGUUCUGCUUAUAACAUCACACCCUAUUUAAGACAAGAAUCAGUAUCAUUUUACGACCCCAUUCCACGGGGAGAUCAGGAUAUUAAUGCAGCAAACUGUUUCUUGUAUUCUGAUCUGCUACCAGUGACUUGUGAGAAUUUCAAGUGCUUGUGCACUGGUGAGAAGGGUGGAAAUGACGAAGGUAUACUUUUACACUAUAAGAAUACACUCAUUCACAGAGUUGUCAAGAUGGGUUGGCUUCAAGGAGGUGGUAAGCUGUACAUAGUGUUGUUGUGUAUUGAUUUUUGUCUAAUAACUGAAUAA